AUGGGUACGGAAGCUGAAUCGAGCGUGGGUGCUGGUGCUGGUGCUGGUGCUGGUGAAGAGGUGAACGUCAACAUUCGUUGUUCCAACGGCUCGAAAGUCUCCGUGCGGACGAACCUUGGUUCGAGGGUGGGAGAAUUUAAAGCUCUACUGGCACAGAAUUGCGAUGUACCAGUUGAACAGCAGCGUUUGAUCUACAAAGGUCGAAUCUUGAAGAACGACCAAAUCCUGAUUAGCUAUGGCUUGCAGGCAGAUCACACAGUUCAUAUGGUGCGUGUUUCUGCACCAGCUGCAACACUGCCCACUGUCAGUGCUGGAAAUGCCAACAGUACUCCUGGUGACACCCAAGGUUCUGGUACCAAUGAAAUGGGUACUGGUACUGAUAUAGAUGCAUCUCAAUUUCCAGGGCUUGGUUUUGGUGCAGUUGGUGGCAAUUGGACAUCUGGGUUAUUUGGAGCUGGUUUUCCAGAGUUUGAACAGGUGCAGCAGCAACUAACUCAGAGCCCUAACAUGAUGAGAGAGAUGAUGAACACGCUUGUCAUUCAAAGUGUAAUGAAUAACCCUGAGAUUGUGCGCAGCUUGAUUUUGAGUAAUCCUCAAAUGCGUGAGAUAAUUGACCGCAACCCUGAACUGGCACACAUUCUUAAUGACCCCAGCAUCCUUCGCCAAUCAUUGGAAACUGCAAGAAACCCUGAGUUAUUGCGUGAGAUGAUGCGGAACACUGACAGGGCAAUGAGUAAUAUUGAAUCUUCUCCUGAAGGGUUUAACAUGCUCAGGCGAAUGUAUGAAGAUGUACAAGAACCCUUCUUGAAUGCGACAACAACGGGUUCUGGUGCAACUGAUUUGGGAUCAAACCCGCUAGCAGCUCUCCUCGGAAAUCAGGGUGGUGGUGACCAAACCAGAGAUGGAUCUAAUCGUUCAACUGCUGGGUCUGAAACUACCACUGGGGCUGCAUCUCCCAAUACCAAUCCACUUCCCAACCCGUGGAAUAAUUCUAGUGGAGGGUCUCAAACAAAUAGUGCUUCUAGAGCUAAUCCAACUGCCGAUGCCAAAUUGCCUGACAUUACUGGGCGAGGAGGGAUUGGUCUUCCUGGAUUGGAGCGCAUGGUAGGCAUGCCAGAUCCUUCUUCAUUCAAUCACCUCCUGCAAAAUCCUGCCAUGGGGCAGAUGAUGCAAAGCUUGCUUUCCAACCCUCAGUAUAUGGAGCAGAUUCUGGGCUUCAAUCCUCAACUUCGCAGCAUGCUUGACACUAACCCUCAAUUACUAGAAAUGAUGCAAAACCCAGAUAUUCUUCGCCAGUUGACCUCACCUGUGAUGAUGCAGCAGCAAAUUUCUCAAUAUAGUCGGCAGCAAUCGACUCUAGAAGGAGCUCUAACUGGUCAGGGUACAGGAACACAACGUAACAUGAGGCUCGAUUUGCUGAGGAAUAUGUUUGGUGGACUUGGAGCUGGCAGUUUGACGGUUCCAAACACUCCCGAUGUACCUCCAGAAGAACUAUAUGCAACUCAACUAUCUCAACUUCAAGAGAUGGGUUUCUUUGACACCCAAGAGAAUAUCAGAGCACUACGUGCUGCAUCGGGAAAUGUUCACACUGCAGUAGAACGACUGUUGGGGAACCUCCGUUAA